AUGGCGGGUCCGUGUACAUCAGGGUUCUGGAUGUGGAUGGUUCUGAUACUGAUAGCGUCGACUGCAACAGUCACUGGGCAAGUUUGUCAGGAUCCACUUGGGAUGGAAUCUGGAGCCAUACCUGAUGGAAGCAUCACUGCAUCUUCGUACUACUAUCAUGAGUAUCGACCCUACUACGCUCGGUUAAACGGUGUUCGCAGUUACGGUUGCUGGCUAUCCGGGGGAAGCAGCGUAGGACAAUGGUUACAGGUAGAUUUAGGAGAGAUGAAGCGCGUCACGGGCACCAUUAUUCAGGGUCAACAACGGGGUGCGGAACGGUGGGUGACGUCAUACAAAAUCCGGUACAGUGCAGAUCAGACUGUUUGGACCACAUAUGCGGGCAGCGAUGGCUCUGACAUGGUUUUUCCAGGCAACACGGACACAAACACACCUGUGACGAACCUGCAGGACAAUCCCAUUGCUGCCCGUUAUGUGCGCUUCUACCCUCAAACCUGGCAUAAUUACAUCGCCAUGAGGGUGGAGAUUCUAGGCUGCAGUAAUACAAGGAUACCAAAAACCAACUGGAACUCAUCAGUUUGUCUCGAUCCGCUUGGGAUGGAAUAUGGCGUCAUACCCGAUGUACGCAUCACUUCAUCUUCGAUCACCAGUCCGGAUUACCAGCCCUACUUCGGACGGUUAUACGGAGUUCGUGGCGGAGGUGGCUGGGCAGCAAGAACAAACGUCAUUGGAGAAUGGUUGCAGGUAGAUUUAGGAGAGAUGAAGCGCGUCACGGGCACGGUCAUUCAAGGUCGCCAACGGGAUUACGAACAGUGGGUGACGUCAUACAAACUCCGGUACAGUGCAGAUCAGACUGUUUGGACCACAUAUGCGGGCAGCGAUGGGUCUGAGAUGGUUUUUCCAGGCAACACGGAAAUGAGAACACCUGUAACGAAUCUAUUAGACAAUCCCAUUGCUGCCCGUUAUGUGCGCUUCUACCCUCAAACCUGGCAUAAUUACAUCGCCAUGAGCGUGGAGAUUCUAGGCUGCAGCACUGACAUGUGUCUAAUAGCAAGCUACGUCAGUUUUGACGGAGUUUGCUACAAGGAUUUUGCUGAGCUAAAGACCUACGAUCAGGCUAAACAGACGUGUGCUGCAGACGGGGGAAUGAUAGCCAUGCCGAAGAACAGCGCGAUCAACACCUUCAUCCACAAUCUGGCAAGAGGCGGAACACGUUGGAUUGGGCUGAAUGACAUCGACAACGAAGGGCAGUGGGUUUUUGAAGACGGCCAAACACUUGCGUCAUCCGGCUAUGCCAACUGGAAUGGGGGUGAGCCGAACAAUGGUGGCGGGGACGAAGACUGUGCAGCAGUUUUUCAUACCACGCACAUCUGGAAUGAUGCACGCUGCACCGUCAGCAAGGUAGCAUUCAUCUGUCAGCUAGCACAAGGACCAGACGCCACCUCAACCACCGUGACGGGACUGCCAACCACGAAAUACACCUUCACGCUGACUUCUUUCGACGAGGACGACCAGACAAACGGGGAGAUCGGUGGCACAUACGCCACAUAUCCAGUGGCAGAGCUAUCGGGGCUGACCCUCGAUGAUGCCGGGAUUGGUCAUCUCACCGUUUCCUGGACAGUCGUGGGGAAUCUUCCGAUCUCGCGCUACAGGCUCCGCUACCAGCCGGCAGACGGGUCGGGCUCGUACCAGGACCUCUUCCCCGCACCAGGACCGGACGUCACCUCGGCAACAGUGCAGGGUCUGCUGGCCAACACGGAAUACACCCUCUCGCUGACUUCUUUCGACGAGGACGACCAGAAAAACGGGGAGGUCAGUGGCACAUAUACCACAGAUCCGGUUGUUGUGAACGUAGUGUGCGACCAGGACAGUAUGAGUCUGUCCAUCCCCCGUGCGGCGCUGCCGGCUGUGAAUGUGGAGGACCUGCACCUGCUGGACCCGGACUGUGGAGCUACUGAGGACGAAGACGAAGAUGUCUUUAAGUUUGAGACACACCUGCAGGAGUGCGGAACCCGGCAGGAGACCUCAGGAGACGACAAAUUCAUCUUCUCCAACGAAGUCAUUGCCAACCAAGUGACUCAGGCCAACGGUGCUGUGCGUAACCAGCCGGUAAACCUGCCCUUCCAGUGCGAGUUCCUCCGUCAGCACGUAGUUUCCCAGGGCAACGACAUCAUGUAUAACAUCCCCUCUCCUCGCCUUCAAAUCAUUGACGCCAACAACAGCUUCACCAUGGAGAUGCAUAUGUUCACUUCGGAAGACUUCAGUGCAACCUACAAGAGUUCUGACUUCCCUCUUCAGGUCUCACCAUCCGACCGUCUUCACUUCGGCCUGAGCGUGGCGUCAUCGCUGGACAACCUGGAGCUGUUCGCCCGUGACUGUGUCUCCACUCCCACCACCAGCCCUGACGACUCUCCUAGGGUCAGCAUCAUCGCCAAUGGCUGUCAGGUUGAUGAAACUCUACAAAAGGACCCUGACCUUUCUAACGACAAGGCCCUGUGCUACGGCGUGGACGCCUUCGCGUUUCCCAACGCUCUCGACCCCAGUCUGGUGUACUUCCACUGCACCAUGAUCAUCUGCUUUAAGGACGACCCUGACUCUCGGUGCAAGCAGGGCUGCAUCCCACCAGCAGCACGGCGCAGGCGAGCCGUCUCGGACGGGACGGAGACCAGGGUUCGUCGUGAGAGCAGCAGGGACAAGCGGGCGGACAUCACCCAAGGACCCUUCCAGGUGCAGUCCGGAGAAGCAGGAACAGGACCAGCCGGAGUGCCGCUGGUUACCGCGGUGGGAGCGGCUGUUGGAGUUGCCGGGAUCAUGGUGCUUCUGAUCGUGGCCGGUGUUCUGGCGAAAAAACGGGCCGGCCUGGCCUUAGGGAGGAAGAAGCGUGAUGACGACACUGUCGGACUGGACAACUACUCAUACCAGACUUGGGGAAAGAUGAGCAAGGCUGGCAUUGCUGACACCAAAGCCUAG